AUGUUCGAGCUAUAUGUAUUUUUAGAUGAGGUGAUAUUGCAACCAGGAGAACUUUCUAAUUUCAAUCUUACUCUUGAAAAUAAAAUUAAGAAUAAGCUGGUAAAUAAGGUUAUUCCUAAUGAAGGAUUGUGUGUUGCAUUAAAAUCAAUCAAGGUCCUUGAUAAAAUAGUAGUGUAAGGAGAAGGUACUGUUCAAACUAAGGUAGAACUAUCUGCAGUACUGAUUAGACCUUAAGUAGAUGAGGUUUUAAAUGGCAAAGUGACAACUUAAAAUGAAUAUGGAAUAGCUGUUGAUAUCGCUAAUCUUAGUAUAUUCAUCCCUUCUGAAAACUUGAUGAAACCUUCAUACUUUGACAGCGUAGAAAAGAAAUGGUUGUGGAGAUUUAAGGACUAUGAUUUAUACUAUGAAAAUAAUCAAUCGAUUAAAUUCAGAGUUAAAGAAAUCAACUUCAGUAAAGAAUACUAGCAAAGGAUAAAGUCACAACAAUUAUAUGCUCUUGGGUAAUUAAGUGCUCUAGAGUAGUAAUCUGAUGCUCCUGCUCUUGCAGAAUUAGAUUAAAAUUUCAUCCCUUCUCAUUAUGUAGUGGGAUAAUGCGAGGAAGAAUGUCUUGGUAUGAACUCGUGGUGGUGA